CUUUACGCGACUAAGAAGCGUUACCAAAGUUGUUGAAGCGGUGUACAACAGUGCGUUUUUGUGAAUUUGUGAUAGUAUGCUACACAUUUAAGGAUUGUUACCACGUCUUCGUGGGAGGAAACAAAUUGUAGCCCAGUAAUAAAAGGAGUGCAUCCUCGAGAGGAUGUCGUGGCUAUUGGGCUCGUACUACAAGCAACCACCACAGGAGCCACCCGGAGGUGCCGGUGAAGACGUACAUGCCGGUAACCCAGGCGGCGUUGGUGGUGCUGGAGGCGGUGGAGGUGGCGGUGGCAAAGGAGAGCCUCCGAAGAAAAGCCAAAUGGAGGCCUACAGGUUCGAUUCGACGGCCUUGGAGCGAGCUGCUGCCGCUGCCAAGGAUCUUGAGAGAUCAGCUCAUGCAAAAGAAGCACUUGAACUAUCAAAGCUUCAAGAAGCAACGAGACAGGCAGAAAUGCAGAAGGAAAUGAAAAAAUAUGAAGCAAGUAUUGAACAAUUGAAAGCAGAGUCUAAAAGGGUGGAAGGAGAAGAGCGCAGAAAAACAUUGCAAGAAGAAACCAAACAGCAUCAAUCGCGUGCUCAGUAUCAGGACCAGUUGGCCAGAAAAAGAUAUGAUGAUCAACUUUCACAGCAACAGCAGAUGAACGACGAGAAUCUGAGAAGACAAGAGGAAUCUGUUGCCAAGCAAGAAGCAAUGAGGAAAGCUACUCUUGAGCACGAAAUGGAACUUAGGCACAAAAACGACAUGAAAAGAUUGAAGGCUGAAAUGGAAGCAAAGGCUAAGAUUGACAGGGAAAAUCAAGAUUUGAAUUUAGAAAAAAUCAGGUUAAAAGCUUCUGAACACAGAGUCACGGUUCUAGAGUCUAUUAAAACAGCAGGUUCGGUAAUUGGCUCUGGUGCCUCGGCCUUACUUAGCGAUUGGGAUAAGGUUCUGGUUGCAGCUGGUGGCCUAUCUCUCUUAGCUCUCGGCGUGUACUCUGCUAAGGGAUCGACUGGCGUGGCGGCACGUUACAUAGAAGCACGUCUCGGGAAACCAUCUCUAGUGCGUGAAACUUCCCGCUUUUCAGCCAUCGAGGCGGUGCGCCACCCUAUACAGGCGCUAAAGAGGCUCAAACCCAAACAGUCCGAUGCUCUUCAGGGCGUUGUACUCGCGCCCAAGCUUGAGGAGCGGCUACGUGAUAUCGCCAUUGCCACAAAAAACACCAAGUACAAUCGUGGAAUGUACAGAAAUAUCUUGAUGCAUGGUCCUCCCGGAACUGGUAAAACGAUGUUCGCAAAGAAAUUGGCCGAACACUCAGGUAUGGAUUACGCUAUCCUGACGGGAGGUGAUUUGGCUCCACUGGGACGUGACGGCGUCACUGCCAUCCAUAAAGUAUUUGACUGGGCAUCGACAUCGCGCAAGGGAUUGCUGCUUUUCAUCGACGAGGCCGAUGCCUUUCUGCGUAAACGCUCGAGUGAGCAUAUAAGUGAGGAUCUCCGAGCUAUGCUCAACGCUUUUCUAUAUCGUACCGGUGAACAGAGCAACAAGUUUAUGUUGAUGUUAGCAUCGAAUACGCCCGAGCAGUUUGAUUGGGCUGUCAACGAUCGCCUUGACGAAAUGGUAGAGUUUAUAUUACCAGGCAGGGACGAGCGAGAGCGUCUUAUCCGAUUGUACUUCGAAAAAUUUGUAUUGCAACCCGCGACCGAAGGCAAGCGUAGGUUGAAACUUGCUCAGUUCGAUUACGGCAUGUUGUGCACCAAAAUGGCUAACAUGACUGAAGGUAUGUCUGGCCGUGAGCUGUCCAAGCUUGGUGUUGCUUGGCAAGCUGCAGCUUACGCAUCUGCUGAUGGCGUCCUGACUGAACAAAUGGUGAUUGACAAAUGCAUGGAGGCUGUCAGACAGCACAGACAAAAGGUUCAAUGGCAAAGCGAACAAGAAAAGAAUGAAUCGAAAUCUAUAUAUGCCAGUGAAAAAGACCAAUCAGUGGCUCCUGUUAGUAGCAAAACUGAUCGACAACAUGAAGACGAAAACCAAAAUAUUGGCUCUCCAGCUCUCAGUACCUAGAAUUACUGAGUUGCGCACGUUUUAAAUAAACGUAAAAAGUGUAAAAUGCCAAGUUGUAACUACUGCUUUCGCGUAAUAUAAUCAAUUAUAUUGCCAAUGAGAAGAGAUGAACUGUAAAAUAAUGUUUGUGUUAGUCUUUAGUUAUAAUGUCAAUUUAGACUUGUCUUGACUAUUGACUCUUGAGUCGUGAAUCUGAAAACUUGCUUGUGCCAACUUUCAGUUCCUAUGUGUAGUCUAUCAAUAAUUCAAGUGGGUCGCGAAUUUUCUUACAUUUAAUUAAUUCGAAAUAAAUUUUGUCUUAAUUAAUUGUUAUUUCAAGUUUGUUUUGGAAUGGAAUCCCAAAACUACUUUUAAAAAUCACUGAUCGAUUUAUGAAUUCAAUAAGGCUGGAGUUCGUACCAAUGUAAAUAUAAUUCGACAUUUUUUCAUUGCGUCUUUUUUUUAAUCUGAAUGUACAGGUUGUGUAUAGAAAAUAAAAAAAGAACAUGUUGCAUUUUACAGUGAUUUUCAUUUACGUGGCCGAGAACUCAGUGUGUAAUAUAGAUAAACUUUGAUAAUAGUUUACUUGCACAAGUAUUUUGUAAGAUGACGUUAUAAAAAUGUUUUAGUUAAUUUAGUGGAAAUGUAUAAACGAUAACCAUAAAAAUAUAAGUUGUUGCAGUUGCUACGUUUCUGGUUAAAAA